GGAGAAGACGUAACUGUGGAAGUGUGUUGUACAGCCGAGAGUUUCAUUAUUUACUUACGUACUUCCUAUUCGUUUCACUUGUUUCAGUCGGUAUUUAAAUUUGUUUAAAAAUGUGAGCAAAACCUUAGGAUAAAGAUUUGUUUAAAAGAGUUUACAUCGUUUAUAUAUUUUUUUGGAGAAAGUACAGACUGGUGUUUUGUACAGAUUCGGGCAGCGUAAUUUAACGUUUCUUAACUCUCAUCAUUUUGUCUCUUAAUAAAGCUGCUUCGAGUGUCGAGUAUAAUCAUAGUAUCAGCAUUGUCAGCUGUGAGCCUUACCUCGCGCAUGCUCGAACCCCACUCUAACUGCCUAGAGGGGGAAACAGCUGAGAAAAGAUACAAACUCAAAACAUCAAGUUGAAGUUGUCAGUCCGCCGUAGUAGUCGUGUGUCAAUACGCGAAAUAUGCUAAGUAUAGUCGAGUGCUAGUCACUUGAGGACUUAGUCAGAUUUUCAAACAGACUUUCUACACAGAGCAGUGACUUGUGAAGUGUCUGUGACUUGUUCGCUUUCGGAUAUGGUGCCCCAACAGAACAUGGACGGAUCCAGAUCAGAAACCCCAACGGGCAGUGUAACCCAGCCACUUUUCGGUUCCCAGUUAGUGGACAAAAAUUCGUCCACACCCUACUCUGAUGCCACUCAGACGAAGAAGAAUAAUCCAAAUCACAUCAAGAGACCCAUGAAUGCGUUCAUGGUGUGGUCUCAGAUCGAGCGCAGAAAAAUCUGUGAAGUAUCUCCAGAUAUGCAUAACGCAGAAAUCUCAAAGAAAUUAGGCAGGCGUUGGAAGUUGCUCAACGAUGAAGAACGUCAGCCGUUUAUAGAGGAAGCAGAGCGACUCCGUCAAUUACAUCAGAAAGAAUAUCCAGAUUACAAGUAUCGCCCCCGAAAGAAAACUACAAAACCCACGCCAAAAAUAAAUACAGUCAACAAAAAAUCAAAAAAAUCUAAAGUACACAAAAAUGAUACAAACAAUAAUAAUGCAGGAAUUAAGGGUAAGAUCUUCGAUCGUCGCUCUACUGUUCCAGAAUUAGUGGCGUCCAAACUAAAGUUCAAGCUCACACAAGAAAGGCUAGAACCCAGGGUAUCGAGGAUAGAGCCUCAACUAGAUUCAAUAAGACAGAGCGUACCUCAAACUUUACCUCCUAUUAGUUUUUUGGCCAAAGUGCCAUCCAGCCCAUCCUGCGAUACUCCAGAUUCUCCUGAAAGCGCUACUAUCUAUGAAGACUCCUGGGUUCACCAGUGUUUGGUGAAGGAGGAACCCGAGGAUAGGUUGACACACCCCAAUGCAACUCUUGAUGAUCUGGACAGGAUCGACGACUUACUGCCUAUGGACGACAUCAACCUGGAGGAGCUCGCGGACAUAGAAACCAGCUUCGAUACGGCCUCAAACAGUUCAGGCUCACACUUGGACUUUGCUUGUCCACGAGAUAUACCUAUAUUUUCAAAUAUAGAAGCCUGGAGCGAUGAUUCGUUUAUGAUGUGUUGAAUAGAGACUAUAAGACUGUCGUUGAAUUUUAUCCUGUGUGCAGGCACAUACAAUCAUUGUUAUUAAUACCGUGUACGCGGUGCAGUCCAUUCGUUGCCAGCCAAGAGGCCUCAGCACUGGCCGUGGCGACGGUUUUAUAUUAUAAAUAUAUUAUUUAACCCCAAUAAUGAUCUCAUUUUGCGUUUAUUAUUUUUGUAUUUAUCAUAAUAGGGCGGUGUACCGCAUGGUUCGUCACACGAAUUUCUGAAAUUAACCAGUUUUUAGUGCCUCGCUCAGUACCAUUGUCGGAUCCGGGUAACCCGGAAUUAAUUUCGAUACAUUUUUAACCGCUCCCAUCCUUACGGAGGCGGAACACAAAAUCAGGCUGUGAUUCACCUGUUUGAUGACCAAUAUUUAGUUGUCAAAAUCCGUAUAGUCUUUAACAGUUCUGCUGCUGCUUACUUGUCAGUCCGGGUGCAUUUAGUUGCGAAUAGUAAACAGCUGAGUGAUUGACAUUGCCACUCAGGGGAGGUAUCCGUCAACCUCCUGGUCACCUCGUGACUCAGAAUUUUUUUCAUAUUACUCGUUCAAUCUCAAUCUCUGUUUGACUACUUUUUAUGUAUUGCAACGCGUAAAUUACAUACUAAGUAUAGGGACAUUGAUAUAUUUUGGGAAAUGUGUUUUUCUUGACCGAAAAUAAUUAAAUUCCAGAAUAUAUUUUCAGUGAGUGCCGCUCAAAUAUAAGUAGUACAAAAAUGUUUAGUUAUAUCACAAAAUCCCUGGUGGCACUGGUAUUUUGUUCGCUUAGAAACAUACUCUUGUUUUGAUGUCAUUGGAAACAACUUUUAUUUUAGUUUAGUGAAUCGAAGAUUACUGUGCGAGUUUUUACAAAGCGUCUCAAAAUUUUCGUAACAUAUAUUUAAUUAAAUGUGCAAACUAACUCAAGAUACUUUUAUUUUGAAGAAAAAAUGGAAAUAAACACCACCAUCUGUUUUUCCUAUAUCCAGAUCGGAAACUGUUAUAUAAAAAAAGUGAAGUAGAAAAAGUCCUACAAUCAAAAGUUAUUUCCAGAAGCAUUGAAACAUGGAUAUGUUUGUAAGAAAAAAGUACAAAGUGCACUGAAAAUUUUGUACUGUUUUCAGAAUGUACGUCUUCAGUUGUUUUAAGGAAAAAAAAUGCUUUUCCCAAGAGAUAUCGAUCACCUUGUGAGCACAUACAUACUUAGACACACAGAUACUUGCCUAUCAAUUAUUAUUAAACCAUUAAUAUCAAAUUUUUAUAUUGUAAGUGAUUUUAUGAGUGAUUUAUUUCUUUAGUGAUAAUUAGUAAGAUAAUAUUUAAUAUAUCUUUUUAAAUUAUGAUUAACUUAUUUUAUUACCUAUAAUUGUAUUAGAUUUUUUUAUCAUACCUAGUUCAUAUACACAGUCAAAAAUUAAUUUGUAGUUUAGUCGGUACAUAUCCCAAAUAUAUUUAAUUAACUUAUUAAUAUUGGAAAAAUUUGGGCAAUGGAGUGAAAGAUGAGUACGAGGUGCCAUUAUGGUUGUCGAACAUCAACCGUGAACGCAAGUCAUCGAGUUCUCAACCCUUGUCAAAAACCGUCUUAAUUGGUCAUUCAGGCAUCAAUUUGUCGACUUUUGUAACUGGUUAUGUUUUCAUUGCAUUUCAUUGAAAUGGUUUCAUUCGUUCGUCCAGAAUUGUACUUAAUUAUUUGAAAUCUGUACUGUACAGCUGUAAAGAUUAAGCAAGCACUGUCGGUAGUAAUAGAAGUUGAUAUUAACAGUCAGAUAUCCAGUAGGCUAGGAUUGUUUGUGCUGCUGUCGGACAUUCGGUUUAUACUUCGUUAUGCACAUGUCUUGUAUAUAAUAUUAUUUAUCUAUGACUUCCUCGUCUUAUUGCUGCAGAUGGAUAAGUGAAUAUAAAAUUUAGCCCUAUGUAUUUUCUACAAUUUCCUUAAAAAAAUGAAUCGUGUAACACUUGCGUUCGUUCUACUUGUUAAUAAAAUUGUCAUUGUUUCUAAACGGGGAAAAUGUACUAUUUUUAAUUUUACAAUCUAUUUGAAGAUUUCAAUUUUCAUGAGAAAAUCAUAGAACGCAGCUUGGGGCUAAUUUCAUAAUCACGAAGGGUAUAAGUGUCGAUUUCUUGACAUACCUAUGUACGCUUACUUCUAUUUCUUUCUAAUGUAUUCCAGAGUCAAUGCACAAACUUAAUAAAAUAAAAGAUAGUAUAUAACGUUUUUCAAAUUUACAACUAGAAUAGUAAGCGACAUCGAUAUUCUUAUAUAACAUGAUAUAUCGGAAGGCGUGGUAAACUCGCCAACGUGUGCUUUCAGUGUACUAGAAAUAACUAUUAUAAAAUAGUCUAAUCGACAGUGGUUCCGUUAUUAAAAAUACCUUAGAACUGAGAUAUUAUUCUAUCAUUUUAUUUGUGAUCCUCAAAACAUCUAGACUUCAAACUGUUAAGUAUUUAUUGAAACAAUUUAAGUAUACUUAAAUGACGCACAACAGUCAGUUAAAACUAUUAAAAAUUGUAUUUUGUCAUAUUAUAUAGUCUCGGAAGUUAUCCAAUAAUUCUUUCAGACUGACUAAUUGAUUGAAAAAUCUUAGUUACCACUUUAGGCGGUUAUUUUUAUCCUUUUAUCCUCUGUCGAUUAGACUACAGUUAGAUCGGACUGUCCGAUAUAUAUAUGUUUUCGAAUUUUAAAAUUUUAUGAGGCCUGCCUGGUACAGUAUGAUAAAGUAGAGUAACAUAUUCGGUGUAUUUUUGUACCCAAUAAUUGUUUACGCGGUGCACCUGCACGGCUGCCCAAGAUGUGCCGCCGCUGACUGACUUAGAUGUAGAAUUUUCUGUUAAGCACUGUGCUUUUCAGACGAUAAUAAAGUUCUCUUUAAUUUUGCGACCGUUUCUUGGUUCGAUUGUCAUUUUGGGCCUAUAGCUCUGCAGGUGCCUUCCGCAGUUUGUAUAUACAAUGUAAAAAUUGCUCAUGUAAAGAUUGUUUUUGUUAAAACUGUACUGUUUACACAAUCAGUUUAAAAUCAUCGCAAUAAUUAUCUUUAGAUCUUCCAAGUCGACGAGUCGCGUGCUUCACCUUGGAUAUUUUCGAAUCCGCGGCUCGGACUUGAGCAGAUAGAUAGUAAGAUGUUUCGUGCGACCGUUUCAGGCCAGAAAAUAGAAAAAAAAUAUAUUUUAGGCACAAUGUGUAAAAAUUCAUACCUUUUAGACUUUUUUAAAUAUUUAUUAUUUAUCCUGUGGAUUUUCGCGCGAAUCAUCUUUGAUUUGUAAGUACGUUAUUUUGUCGCAUUGUUAACUUCUAUUCUGGCGAACGAUUUAAGAGAUUAAAAAAGUUAGCAAUAUUUUUGCAUUUUACCUUGAUGUAACAUAAUCCCCUGCAUUUGUAAAUCUGCCCCAUGUACUAUAUUCAUAUUACUAGAUAUAUUAAAGUUAUUAUAUAGUGUGUACAUUUUGUAUUGUAGUUGCUGUUAAAUAUAUUAUUAUAUGGCCAAUAAACAGAUUUUUUCAA